AUGAAUAAAAGUACUGGAAAGAGUGCUGCUGAACUUGCUGAAGAGUAUGAUCAAGGUCUUCAUGAUGAGGUUGCCGGUAAACAUGGCAAAAGAACCAAAGCUGAUGCUCGUGAAAAUGACAAAGGAGAGUCAAGUCAUCGUGUUGACAGAAUGAUUAUUAAUAAUGCUACCAAUGGUGAAGAGAAACGUAAGGAAAAGUAA